CUGAGCUCAGUCUUUAGCCGGACCUUGACAUGCCUGCACUGUGGAGCAAUGUGCAGCCAACUCUCUGAUACUGUCUGACACAGUGCCUGGCCAGAGAGAUUGCUGCACUGGGCCCGGAGUAAAGUCACGAGGAAAAAAAACAACCUAAUGCCUGCACAGGGGGCACCCUCAUUCAGGCUGUGAUGUUACUGAUGCACGGCUGAACACGAGGAGGGAGGAGUGGUGGGACGGGGGGCGCUGGCUGAAGCUCUCUCACUCGCACACCACUGCCUGCCCAGUUGGCUGGCUUUAGUGCUUUGGAGGGACAGCAGUAAUGGGAUUGCCUCAGAGAGGGUAAAAUGAGCUGGCUGAACCUGCAACAACGUGAUCCAACGUGAUACGGCAGGCAGCUGAUUGUGGACGCAUUUUCUCUUCUUCUGUUAUCAGUGAAUGGAGAGAGUGGCAGUAUUUUAGUUGGUUCAUAAUGUAGUUGAUCCGUCUUAAGUCAGAGAUAUUGAUGCCUGAAUAAGAUUCAUGGAUCACUGUGCUACCAAACGAAUUUGAGGUUCUCUACAGAAGUAGGUGAAAUCCUGGGUCCAAAAUGUCUAAGACAACUCUCAGCAUGUCUACGGACCAAGUUGCGAGCACAGUUCCUCCACCCCACAGAGAGGCCCUCUCUCCAGAGAGUCUUUACAGCUCGUCUCUGUCGCCUUCACCGGACUCCCACAGUAGUAUUUCAAACCCCAGUGACCGGGAAGCCAACAGCUCCCCUGAGUGCUGCCUCAGCAACACCUCCUCCUUGGAUAACCUGUACAACACCACCUUACCGAAGGAUCCUUUAUUCAGUGAUGUGAGCCUGAACCAAACAUUUAUUGCCACGCCUGUUAAUGGCAGUGUGAAUUUCUGGAAUGAAAACUUGAGUCUGAUGAGCAACCAUGAGUCAGAAUCAGACAAGUUCCACACUUUCAGUAAGAACACGGAGGAUGGGAGUAGCAGUGCAGUGAUGUCUCCAGACUCUGUUGGGAGCCGAUUGAGUUCAGUUGACACUUCCCGUAGAGGGUCCACUGAGAAUGACUUCUGCUCCCUGAGCUCUGGGGAAAUGAUAAUUAGGACUAACAGUUUUUGCUUAGAGGAUCAUUCCCUGUUGGUCUCUUCCCUGGAUGAGUCAUCCAUGUCUCUGGCUGCUGGCCAUUCAGCAUUUCCCACUGAAUCUAACCUGCUGUCAACCACUCUGCCGGAUGUCUUUGAGAAAUCAACAGAGAAAGUAACCGAGGAGAACAUGGGCCAUAUGUCUUUUGGCCUGACUUUCACUGAGGAUAUGCUACCUAGUGAAGAAAAUGAUAUGGCUACAUCCAGCCCUCUUGUAGCUCUGCCAGCUGAGAAUGAGGGAGCUCUUUUGAAGACAUUUGUCUGUGAAAAAUCUCCUGCAAAUUGCGGAAAAGAAGCUCAGAUUGCCGGUGCCCAAACAGAGCCAUUGCUCUGUUUCACUGCAGCAUUCACACCAGAACAAGGCGAUACCUUUGUGCACUCUCUGUCAGUUAUGCAAGACACUGAUAAUGUUAUCCAUACUUCCACUCCAGUAGAAAGCAUAGGGAACAUGAUACCCAGCCCCCCCUCCUUUUCAGUGUCUCCCUGUACUGAGAACACAGGAGACCCAGGACACAACCCUGUUAAACGGCAGCAAAACUCUGCAGCUCCUAAUCAUUUGGUUGCAGUCACAAAGGUCAAGAAAAUAGAAAUCAAGAAGUUUCCCAAGUCAGACUUCAGCUGCGUAAAAUCUAAAAUUGUUACAAGAAAUGUGCAUCAGUUAUCAGUGUCAGGCCCUUCUUCACAGCUAAAACCAUCACAAGUUAACGUGAACAAUAAACACACUGAAGCACAAAGAGGAACUACUAACAGGAUUAAGGUCGCAUCAGGCUCAGCUGUAGGUCAGGCAGAGCCUUCUGUGCCCAAGACGCGUCCUCGCUGCUCAUCGGAGAAUUCAUCACUGUCAUCCAGGCCACCGAAGGACAAGAGUGCAACUGAGGCGGGAAACCGACCUGCUAAAAACUCCUCAAGAGUGGUGAAUAGGAUCCUGGUGCUAGAGUCCAGUGAAUUAACAACGGGAGCCUCAUCUGAGAGCACAUUUCAAGCACGACCAGCUCCUCAACAAACAAGAUUAGCACAACUUUCACAACCUCCACCUGCCAGUCCCAGACCGUCCCCUCUGUCCAGCAGGCUGAGGCAGCCAACCCGGGGGAGGGAUUAUUUCAAGACCUCCAAAGCCGGGACACCACAGUCCAAGCAGAAGAGCAGCACAGGCAGUCAGAGAGUGCAGACAGGAGAGUCAGCCCAUGGAAAUGUGUCAACAUCAAGCAUCAAGCCUCAACUGAAUGGAUUUCGACUUCCUCAAACUGCCUCUCGACCCUCUCUCAUGGGCCCUCCCCUAACGCCUUUUUCUAGACUACCACGCAAGACCCUGGGGCCGUCCAGCAGCCACACUGAGCCCGGUGUUCACACUGAGCCGAGUGAAGGGAGUACACACGUUUCUGGAGGAGCUGCACCUAAACCAUCCCCUUUGAAAACUGUGCUGAAGGCUAGACUCUUCACAACUCAUGGGAAAAACACUGGACCACCUCUGACCGCAGCAUGCAAACCUGCCUCCGCUUUCAGCAUCAGAGGCGCUUCAAAUGAUACAGUCAGUCCUCUAAAAAGGACCGCUUCUGCAAGACUUGUUCGUCCAACUCCAAACGGACCCGUGGACAAUAACAAACCGAAGGCCGCCUCCCGCCAGCAGCAGCAGCCGACGUCUCAGCCGAGCCAGCGCAGCGGACCCCCGGAUGUGGUGCCAGCGAGUAUCGCUGAGGGGGGGAGGAAGGACCAGAACGUCCAGCAGCUCAGAGGACUCCUGGCAGCGAGUAACCGAAAAUGUGAUGCUGUCUCCAUCGUCUUGGAGCGAGCUUUAGCUGAGCGUGAUGAAGCCACACGGCAGUGCAGGGAUCUCUCCCAGGAGCUGGUCACCCUUCAAGGAGAGCUGGUCUGCUCCGUGCACUCGUCUGAGCGUCUGGAGAAGGAGCGGGAUGAGUUGCGAGCGUCCCUGGAGGAGGCGCUGCAGAAGCUGCAGGAUCAGCACCAGCAGGACCUGUCGGAGCUGGAGCAGAGGCUGCAGGCCUUCUACCAGGCCGAGUGGGAGCGGGUGCAGCUCAGCCACCAGGAGGAGAGCGAGAGGAGCCGGACCCUGCUGCAGCAGCAGAUGGAAGAGCUGAAAGCCAGUAAUGAGUCCAAGAAGCAGGAAAUGGAGAGCAGCCAUGCAGAACAGCUGCAGUCUGUGGAGCAGCAGUAUGAAGCGUCCCUGCAAGAGCUCGGAACAGUCCACGACCAGGAGCUGCAGUCUUUGGACGCGUCACUGAAGGAGACAGGAGACACUCUGUCUGGAAGGAUUGAAGCGCUGACUGCGGAGAACAAUGCUCUAAUUGAGAAGCUGACCCCCAUGGAGAACAGGAGGAAACAGCUGGCUGAGAAGAGUCAGAAGGACUCCCACACCCUUUAUCUGGAGCAGGAGCUGGAGAGCCUCAAAGUGGUGCUGGAUAUCAAAAACAAGCAGCUGCACCAGCAGGAGAAGAAGCUGAUGGAGAUCGGCAAACUGACGGAGAAGAGUGUGAAGCUGGAUGAGAGCCUGCAGAAGGUCCAGCAGGAGAAUGAGGACCUGAAGGCUCGCAUGGAGAGACACUACACUCUGUCCAGACAGCUGUCCACGGAGCAGGCGGUGCUGCAGGAGUCCCUCCACAAGGAGUCCAAGGUCAACAAGCGUCUGUCCAUGGAGAACGAGGAGCUGAUGUGGAAGCUGCACAACGGAGACCUGAGCAGCCCCCGCAAGGUGUCCCCCACCUCCACCUCCCCCUCCCCCUCGCGCUCCUUCAGCCUCCAGUCCCCCCGCAGCUCCGGAGUCUUCUCCAGCCCCCCCCGUCUCCCCCAGAUAACGAUGGGCCUCCGCUUCCUGGAAGCUCGGCCUCUCUUUUGAGUUAUCCCUCUGGAAUAAAGAGCCAUGUUUGUUUUCCUUAGCAACGCCUGACUUCUGGAUCGGAUGAACUCUGACACUUUCUGUACAGAGACGCUUUACAGACACGAGUCGCACAGAAGCACUUAAAAAGCAAGGCCCCCUUGUUUUAUGCCUUUCACUUCUGAUGGAUGGGGGAGAAGGAAAUCUCAGGACUACUAUGUAAUGAUACACUAUUUUUGUUACUUGUUGGAGAGCCUCACUCACACACACACUACAUGCAGUAAAAGAUACACACACGUUGACACGGAUGGGAAUCCAGAAUAGCUAUGAAUACAGAUAACCUUGUCCCUCCUCAGAGUCUUUUAUAUGAAAUAUGCAUUGAAUCUAAAACUGCUCCUUGUGGAUCCCUGCUCCAUUUCCUCACAGCUAACUGCAGAAGAGGGACGGUCAAAGUGUCAUCUUACACUCACCAGGGCUGUUCGAGUCUCGACCCGUGUUCAGAAUUGAUUUAGUUUUCUUUAAAGGUUGGGGUUUUUGACAUUGAGGUUGUCCGUUCUCUGGCCUCAAACUUGUUUUGUUUUCCACAUCUUGUUUUAUUGUUGUUUUGACCAAAGGACCAAUCAAAGUGUUUGUGCAUGUGUUUGAGUCUUGGUAAUCACCCUCACUGAACCCUCCUACUGCAGCUUUAAUGUCGGGGUCUCUGCAAAGAGUUGAGCAGAAGAGGCUUUGCUUUGUACGUACGGGAGACCCUGCAAUGUCUCAGAAAAGAGCAUUUUGUGUGGAUUUUGUUAUUAUUGGUUUGUUGAUCCUGUUUGGAAUAUGCAAUUAAUAAAGUCUUGUUUUAAAGCUGG